GCGUUGAUUAUCCAUCCCUCGAUCACAACGCCGACCUGGCGACCGCAAAGUGAGAUAAAUCAGCGCCCGUGAAAUGAGCCACCCCCACUACCUUCGUUGCAAGAUCUGUAUUUAAGACCGUGAUUUCGGAAUACACCCCAGACUGAUAUCCUACAAAUGGUUUGUCGUCUGCGGAUUAUUCGGGCUUCAGCAUAGCCACAAAUAUGAGAAUGUUUCUUAAAAUAAAGUUUAUCUUGAGAUUUACGUAAGGAGUCGUAUAAGCGGAUUAUCAAUCACUUUCUCAUUUGUGAAAUAUUAAAAGAUUCGUCGCACGUGAUCAAGUGUCUGUUGUAGUUUUGUCCUUUAUGUAACAUAAAUAUAUGUAUGCCCGUGUUCGAUUACAAUCCGGGCCCUAACCUAUUCUCAUGCAUUGCAUAGCAUACUCGUGGUCACAGUGAUUGUAAAACUAAAUUGAAGAAUAUGCAGCGCGUUAUUAAAUGUCCGAAACGAUAUUUACCUUCGGUGAACGACAUUUUUAAGUUGGCGUCAACUGUUGCGGGAAAAUACGAGUCGGUACUGAGUAGACCUAAUUUCAGACUAGUCCUGAAUCGCGCCCUUCGAAUCUCACAAUGCCUGUCGUUUCAGGGUCAAAUGCGUAUGCGAAUGCAUAAGGAGGUAUGCGCCAUUUAUACCGUUUUACGACGCAGCGGAUUCGAUAGUGAUUCAAAACUACGCUGCUUUUAUAAUGCCAGAUGCUUCUGUACCACAGGUACGAACAAUAGCAAUAAGGCGGCGAGUGGCGGUGGUUCUGGAGAGCCCUCAUCUCAAAGCUCAGGAGAUAAUCCGAAUAAAAAUGACAAUGAAAAAGUUUCUGGUCUUAUUUCCAAGUAUUUAAUGUGGCUUACAUUUUUCUGGCUGAUUGUCAGCUUCGUGACCAUGCUAACACCGAAUAAUAGUCAACGGGAGCAGAUUGUGUACGUGUCCUGGAAUGAUUUUCUCCAUCACAUGCUCUCCAAAGGUGAAGUGAAAGAGUUGAUACUUCGACCUCAAAUAGACAUGGUAAUUAUAAUCUUACACCCAGACGCUGUAAUUAAAGGCCGUAAGAUUGGAAACGUUACACACCUAAUGACGGUAGGCGACUUAGAUCGUUUCGAAGAAAAAUUGAGAGCUGCUGAAGACAAACUCAACAUAAGACAAGAGGAUCGAGUGCCAAUUUCCUAUGAUCGCGGUCAUAUUACUACAGGCCAAACGAUGAUGGUUCUUCUUGCAGGUGCUCUACUUGCAUUUCUUAUCAGUCGCCUUCGUUCUGUAAAACCGUCUAUCAAUAUGGAAGGCUUUCGCCAAAUGACUCGUGCGAAAUUCACUCUUGUUGAUCCAUUAACUGGUAGGGGCAAGGGUGUACGCUUUGACGAUGUCGCUGGCCUGAAGGAGGCAAAGACCGAAGUGAUGGAAUUUGUUGAUUACUUGAAACAUCCAGAGCAUUACAAAACUCUAGGGGCGAAGGUACCGAAAGGUGCUAUACUUUUGGGUCCUCCUGGUUGCGGAAAAACACUCUUGGCCAAGGCUGUAGCAACAGAGGCAAAUGUACCGUUUUUGUCUAUGAAUGGCUCGGAGUUCAUUGAAAUGAUUGGUGGGUUGGGUGCAGCUAGGGUUAGAGACUUAUUUAAGGAAGCAAAAUCACGGGCGCCUUGCAUAAUAUAUAUCGAUGAGAUCGAUGCAAUCGGGAAAAAACGGUCCUCAGGAAUGUCAGAUAGUGGUUCGUCAUCUAGCGAGUCUGAUCAGACGUUGAAUCAACUGCUGGUAGAAAUGGAUGGAAUGGCUUCUAAAGAAGGUGUCAUUAUGCUAGCAUCGACAAAUCGAGCAGAUGUGUUAGAUAAGGCUCUACUUAGACCUGGCAGAUUCGACAGGCAUAUAUUGAUCGAUUUACCAACAGUUGAUGAGCGAGAGCAAAUAUUCAAGCAUCAUCUCAAGGGAAUAAAGCUGGAACAAGGACCCGAGGUGUAUUCCAAGAGGUUGGCUUACCUCACUCCUGGAUUCAGCGGAGCGGAUAUUGCAAACGUUUGCAAUGAAGCAGCGUUGCACGCAGCCAGAUUCAAAAAAAAAAUCGUAGGCUCUGUAGAUCUUGAAUACGCAGUCGAACGUAUGGUAGGAGGAACAGAAAAGAGACAACAUGCGAUGUCACCUACAGAAAAACGUACAGUAGCGUAUCAUGAAGCUGGGCAUGCUCUUGUUGGAUGGAUGCUAGAGCAUACCGAUGCCCUAUUGAAGGUCUCUAUCAUUCCAAGAACUAAUCUUGCCCUGGGAUUUGCACAGUAUACACCUACUGAUCAAAAGCUAUAUACUACAGAGCAGCUGUUCGACCGAAUGUGCAUGGCUCUUGGCGGUCGAGUGGCCGAAAGUGUCACAUUUAAUCGAGUCACAACCGGAGCUCAAAAUGAUCUGACAAAGGUUACCGAAAUGGCUUAUGCCCAGGUGCAACAAUUUGGCAUGAAUUCUACAGUGGGUUUGCUAUCGUUUGAUAAAGAAGUAACCGGUCAGAAAUCCAAAAAACCCUACAGCAAGAAGCUCGCUAAUAUGAUGGAUGUAGAAGCAAGGCGAUUGAUUAGCCAGGCCUAUAAAAGAACCGAACAAGUACUUAUUGCUGAAAGAGACAAACUUGUGCUGUUAGCCGAAACACUGUUGGAUAAGGAAACAUUAAACUACAACGAUGUCGUAGCAUUGAUUGGCCCACCUCCACAUGGGCGAAAAAAUUUAAUUGAACCAGCUGACUUUGAAGCAUCCGUCGGUUCACUCCAGGACACCACGCAGCCCUCGUCGACCAAACCUAUAGAAACAAACGAUUCCGAACCAAGUUCCAGCUAGUAAUCUGCAGAAGAAAGAUUUACCGGCAUAUCUUCUCAUCGUGUGUUGGUGACGGACAGAGUGGCAAUGUUUAUUGACUAUGGUAUUGACUAUGACUUCGUUGCAUUAUGGUUGGACGUCUUCUCUAAGGUUUAAACAACACUUACAGAACUCGGUUCACCUAUAUAGCUGUUGUCACUGUAAUCAAUUACAAGAACAUGUAAAUAGAGCGCAAGAAAAACAGUGCACCUAUUCCAACAGCAGAUGUUGAAUAUGGGUUUGCAGUUCUUACUAGAGGGCAGUUGCAUUGACUACGCACCAUAUCUUUAGGGCGAGAUGAAAGAAAGCAAAUAAAUGAAUGUAUUGAUGAAAAA